AUGGCCAUGCUUGUUACUGCGAGCUUGCCAGUCCCGAGCGCCGUCGUGGACUUAACCAUGGUAACGACAAACACCGAUAGCCAGCCCAGCCAACAUGAUGCCGGGUCACACACCGAGGCUACAGUCGCCAAUUCUGAUGAUACCUCCACACAGGGCAAUGACAGCGAGAAUGGCAAGCUUGACGGCAGCUCUCCAUUGACCGAUGCCCCGUCCUCUGAAAGUACCACUUCGAAAGAGGACAAGACGGUUGGAGUAGACGAUCUGGCCGAGGACGCUGUUGAGGAAACAGAGGCUGUCCCGGAUUGGCAUGAUGAUAGGCCCUAUCUAUACGAACGAUACAUGGAGACAAUAACGCAGUUGUCUAAGGGCGAUCCUGGUCAGAAUUUAGUCAGUGGUGUCAUUGACUACAUGCGUGUGGUUAAUGAACGUCUUCGGCUUAUCGAGGAGAAAUUGCAAAGCAACAUCCCCGACGAGCCAACGCCAGAGGAAGAACCUGCUGUUGACGGCAAUGAUGUUCUUUCCGAAGCGAACACAGCGGACUUUGACAUCAACAACGUCCUACUGGAGGCAAAUCUCUUCGAGGCAGAAGAGGGUGACUUCACUCCUGACGGCUUCUUUUUAGACAAGACACAGUGGUCCGGGGCAUUUGCAUCAACAAUCGGCCCUUCUGAGAUUCUGAGAGCUAUGUACAGCAAGGCUUCUGACGCGGCUGUCGACAAAACCAACCGAGAUUCUUCUGAGAUUGACAUCAUCUAUAUCAGCAUCUGGUCGGGCCCUAUUGCAUCCUUCUUCAGGGAUGUCCUCCUCCUUGAUUGCGGCUCAGGGAAUUCCAUUCAACUCACAAAGCCAUUUCGACCGCUGAUCAGCAAUAUCAACUCUCUUAGAGAGCAUCUCAGCAAGCUGGAAAUUGCUUAUGCCUCCCAAUCUAAUAACCACGGCACUGGAAACAUUGAUGAUUUAGUGGCCAGCGCACAAACAUCAGCGGAAUCGCCCUCAAACACUGAUUGCACCAUUUCUGUUGAUUCAACAGGGUCUGUGGAGUCAGACUCGUCGUAUACUGAUGCAACCAGUGCCGAGCAACUCGGAAAGACCUACAUUCGACCAUCGGCGCUUCCGCACUUCAGAGUCGUUCUCCAGUUUGUUGAUCGUUAUCUGAGCAGCUCCCUGGGGCUGUAUGAAAGACUAAAGUCUGGUCAAGAGGAUAAGGUGGCCUUUGAAAACCUUUGGAUGCUCUAUGACGCGGGUGCUCUUAUUUAUUGCCCCUAUAGAAGCAGCGAUGGAUCGUUCACCACUUUUGACAAUCUUAGUGAGCGAAGUGGUGCUGCUAGUUACGUGGAUGGCGAGCUCACAGAGUUGCGUCCGAGGUACUCCCCACAGGCAUACUGUGUGCUCUCUGUGAGGGGUGGUAUUCCGUUGAGAAAGGAUCUUGUACCAGGCUACGACGAGGAAGAUGAUCUUGACAACGACCUUUUUCACGGCUUCGAUACCCUCCGACUGGGAAAGCUACGCCUCUUCCGACACGGGGAGUUUGGAACGUUUCGUAAGGACCCAUAUGCACAACAACUCACAGCACGACAAGAUCUUGGAGGUGUCCCUAAGAAGCGAAGGUCGCAAACAACUUCCUCGCUGAUUAUAGCUUGCUUCUGUAUUGACUAUGACGGCGACCAAUUUGGUGCACAGCGAGAAUUCUUUGAAAUCAAGCCUUAUGAUGGUCUCAAGGACAUUCGGGGUAUUGAGGUUUAUCCAGCUCACUACAUAGGCGAAAGAGAAAGCGACCGUUUACUGGCGAGAGGCAGGAAGUUUCUUGACCUUAUGGAAAGUUCCCAUAUGGCUUACGAGGGGACAACUGCUGGUCACUUGCGAGAAACAAUCAAUAGCGAGGUCAUCGUGGACUUCAAGAUGGCGUACGAGCAAGAUCAGAACUUAGCGGACGAAUCAUACACCAGACCAAUCUUUUCGACUGGAAGCAAAAAUGACUGGCCGAGAUCCAGUGUCAAAGGAGGAGGCGAAACUCAUGACUGGCACAACAUCGAUAACACUGUAGGCCACGCGUUCUUCCUCCGAAUCCUGGAGUACUACCCAGGCAUCUUGUUUCUUACCACUAAUAGGGUCGGCGCAAUCGAUGAUGCAUUCCGUUCAACACUUCAUCUUACGUUGUAUUAUCCCAAACUCGUGGAGAAGCAAAGCACCAAAAUCUGGAAGAACAACAUUAGGAAGCUGGAGCAAGUCAACGAGCUGCGGGUCAAAAAAGGACAACAGCCGAUCAAAUACGACAAGGACGAGAUCGUCAAGUGGGCCAAGGUCAACUGGGAGAGUCUUCAGUGGAACGGCCGUCAGAUCCGCAACGCAUUCCAAACUGCCAUCGCAUUGGCAGAGUUCAAAGCCCAGUCGAAAUAUAAGGCGCGACGAACCGGCAAGGAUUCGUCUUCGCCUACUCCUGGAAGCCCAAAGCGACCUGUCCUAAGCCAAGACACCUUCAUGCUCAUCGCAGAGGCUUCGACUCAGUUCAACGACUACCUUUUGCAGACACACGGCCAAGACGAAGACACGACGGCGUCGAGAGACCAGAUUCGACCAGCCACUUUCAAAGAGAACAAGACUCGAAUUAAGAGAGUGCAGGAGUCUUCUGCCUCGAAUACCGACUCGGACUCUACUUCCUCUUCAGGUGACUCUAGUCGUGAUUCUGAUUCAUCAGCGUCAGAAUCCGGGCUCGAUCAGGACGCAUCUGAUAAUUCUGAGAUCUCGGAACCUGAAUCAGAGGUAGAGAAGAAGCGUAAGAAGUCGAAAAGAAGUAAGGAAAAGGUUGAUAAGACGGCCAUCAGAGGCAAGAGGCCCUCAGAAAGGCGAAAGGAAACGAAAAGGAAGGAGAAGAGAAAGUCCGAGAACUGA